GAAAUAUUUAUACGGCCUACAUUUAUUUCUCUCGUGAGUUUGGGUGCAGUUUGUGGUUGUCUAUGUGUGUGUUCAUGGCACCCGCGACACAGGGUUUCCCUAGUGCGGGGUAUAUUCAGUGUAUGUGUUAUUAAACUAGAAGUAAAAUACAUAAAAAGAUAUUUGAUUUAAUUUGACUUUAUUUACAAACUUGACUACUUUUGCAGAGAAUGGUAUAACGAUUGAACAUUUCCCCAAAUUAAAACUAGACAAUUUGAAAGAAUUAUGCCCACAUAUGGGGACUAGACUAUCUUUAGAGGAAAAGAUAGGGGAGCUUAUUACUGCACAGGCAACGACAGAUGCAGUAUCUGAAUCAACUGAUGAUCAAGUCAUUAUUACUCCCACCUCCAGUAAAUUUGAGACAAGCACCAGUGAUGCCGGUUUAUUAGUUUCAUUAGAUGAACUACAAGUGGUCGACGUCUUGGAAACAACCAAAAGUGUAUCUAGAAAAACAUUUCCACAUUUUGAUUUGGAGACACUACUGCAUACGUCAGCAGGUGGCAAUAGUAUUUUAAAAUACUAUGAAACAUAUGGUUUUCUCAAUAAUACCAAGAGAAACCAGUUGACCGAUAUAAUUAUAAAACAUAUAUACACAUACAUUGUCAAUUACCGGAUAACCUAUGAAGAAUAUAAUAUUAUAUCUGCGAAAAUAAUAUCACUGUUUCCAAAGGAGUCAAUAGGCACUUAUUUUACCAAACCUAUAAAAAAAAAUAAUUCAUUUAAUGGACGUUCUACAGUAGCACGAGGAAAAUUGGUGGACAAAGUCCGUAACCUUCUGUAUAAAUAUGGAGACCACACACACAAGCGACAAUCUGGCACUCUAGAAAAUGCUCCACCGUUUAAAAGACAGUAUAUUCAAGGUUUGCAAGGUAAUUUUUUUUUAAAUGGGCUUGCAAUUAAACCCACUGACUUUCACUGGGUUAAAGCAAUUUAUGAACCUAUUUAGGUAUUUGAGAGUAGGUAUUCUAAGUCGCAUCAUUCUGGGUAUUUAAUACAGGUAAAUGUAACUCUAAAUCCUCUGUAAGU